AUGAAGGAAGAAAGUCCUCCGAUCAAACGGGAAUCUUCACAGCUGUCUUCAGCUGUUCCUUCACCAACAGAGAAAAUUAGGAAAGUGGAAAGAAGCACUUUUUUAAGCAUGGUACAUAUAGUCGCUGUGGGUCUCCCUUUAUUGGUGAUAUGGUUUGCCCAACCUGGAACAAGUAAGUGAUCUUUACGUCGUUCAUGUUUGUUUUUCAUGUAAAAUCUUAUUAGCUGAAAGAGGCUAAACGCUUUUUUACAUGUAGAAACCUUUCACUAAAGUCGCCCUUUUGAAAGAAGUCAGUCUAAAAGAUUAAGAAAAUUGUUUAGUACUAAUCUAAAGAUUUUUCUUAAAUUUUUAGCUAACUUAAACAAAAUACCCGUACGAUCAAACUCAACCUACUUUUGAAAUGACUCCUGGGUUCAAACCUUUCUCAGUUUUAAACAAAAUAUUAGUGCAAGUAAAUAGAUUCCCUAUGAUUAGAGGUGAGAGUCUAAAAAAUCCAUGAACCAAAAUUAAAGUUCAAUUAUUUUACCUCAUCCUUUUUUACCAGUGUACUAUAUACAUAAACAAAGUACUUGAAAAUUUGGUUCUCUUUGCUCUGUUGGUGAGGAAUUUGGUUUCAUCAUGGGAGUUGAGAAUGUAAACUGAGUAACUUAAUAAAGUGAUUUAAAAGCUGACCUCAGACAACGUGCUAUCACCAAAAACAUCAGCUUUUAGAUCUCUGUACAGACCACAAAUAAUAUAAUACUCCCCCAAAAUCCUAAACUUGUGAAUUUUGGUAGACUUUCCCUUUGAAUCCAGAGUAUUCUCUUGUCUCCACUGGCAACAUGAAACAAAACUGAAUAAAUUUUUCAAACCAUACAUCUUGUGAUUUUCUUGUGUUUUUGAAAUUUGUUUUGUUCUUCGUCAUGAUCCAUUUAGGUCUGUUUUCGUGGCAUCCUACCCUUAUGGCGUUGAGUGUGAGUAUGUUGGACAUUAAUGUAUAUUUUGUUAGAUUCCAAGAGUAAAUAAAUCAAAAUUCAGGGGAAAAACAUCUGUAAAUACUGAAGGAUGAAUCUUGCACCAAGUGAAGAAAUAAUAGGAUCAACUUAUUUAAUACAUGAUCUUAUACCUGCAUUAACUCCGUCAAUCAAUUUAUUACCUAAAAAAAUAAAUGACAAACAGUUUGCUUUCACUGGCAUGAAACAAUGAUAUAUUUAUUACUUCACCUUGCGAUCUCUGGGUCUUAAUGGCUAUGACUUUUGUUGGUCACUUCCUUUGAGAAUCCUGUGGAGAUGAGGCUGUAUAGUUACUUAAAAAUUUUUCAACAUCUGAUUAGGACUUGAAAAAUAUGUUUUUGGCCAUUGCUGUUUACCGCUCCUGUUUGUUAUUUCUAUGUGCUUUAAAAUAUGUUGACCAAGCUGUGGUUGUUUUGACUCCUCUGAACUUGCUGUGGCUGUCCACAAAUAACUUCAUUUCCUUUUUAUUUCAGUUUGGUUUCCUGAUGUUUGAGGCAAUCCUGAUGUUUUCACCACAAAGUUCACUUAUCUUGUCAUCCCCUCGUGCAACCAAGAUCAAAUUCCACUGGAUUCUACAAACUGCAGCUGUGAUCUUUGCACUUGGGGGCUUUGCAGCUAUCUAUAUCAACAAGAAUAUGCACAACAAACCACAUUUUCAAAGCUGGCAUGGACUUUUUGGUUUCUGCACUGUAAUCCUCAUCUGUCUCCAGUCUCUCCAGGGUGUAGGUGUUUUGUACCCAAAGUGGCCUCUUGCAAGAAACCUGAAGCCACGCCAGUUGAAACAGUUGCAUGCUGUUUGUGGAUCUCUUGUGUUUCUUGUUGCCUGUGUUACUCUUGGUCUUGGCUUUUACUCAAACUGGUUUACAAAGAACGUUCACGUUUAUGUUCAGUUCUGUAGUGUUUUGUCUUGUAUGGCAUUUGCAGGCAUUGUUAUUGGCCAGGUAUAUACUGAGUAUGGUUUAAAGAGGCCUCUUGGAACGUAA